ACUGAAUAUUCGCAAUAGUCAAGUGCGCAAAGUGACAACAUGUACAUAACCUCUAGACAACCCCCUAAACCCUAUAACUAUAAGCAGCAAAAGUUCCUCUGCAUUCUCCAAAUGAAAGUGACGUGAAAUAAAAAACAGAAAGCACUUCAACAUUAUCUUAUCCAAGUAGAGUGAAAAAAUACUGACGAAGAUGUGGAUUCUCAAAGACGAUUCAGAGAAAUUCUAUUACCUAACCCCAGGUCAGCCGUUUGUAAUCGGCCGGAACCAAGGGGACCUGAUCGUAAAAUCCGAUGGAUCCCUGAGUCGUGCUCACGCCAAAAUUGAGCUCACUCCCCUUGAAAAAUGCCAAGUAACCGAUACAAAAUCAAAGUACGGAACAUUUAUCCUGGGCGACAAUGUCGAUGAAGCCCGCCGGAUCGACGACGUUUACACAGUUCGCCCUAACGACAGAAUUCGUUUCGGUCUCCAAAAUUGCAUUUUAACAUUCAUCCAUCAAAAAAUUGUCGUAUCAACAACCUCUCUGUCUGCAGAACACAGACAUGAGUUGGUGAACAUUAUGAAGGAGAUAGGGGGAACAAUACUGAAGGACUGGGACAACAGUUGCACCCAUUUGACAGUCACCAACACAAAGUUAACAGCUAAAUUAGCUUGUGCCCUAGCAGCUGGACUGCCCAUAGUCACCAUCGACUAUUGGAGAUCAGUAAAAGCUGCCAGAACAAAGGAAGAUCCAUUUCCCGACCCCAGGAACUUCUGCCCACGGCUUGAGGAUUCGAUGCUGAUAAAAAAAAAUAAGAGUUCUCUUCUUCCAAAAUUCUCUCGCAGAUCAAUCUUCAAGGAUUUUUUAUUCAUCCACUUCAGGAUGAAUCAACUACAGACGUACCAAAAGAUGAUCGAAUUGGCCGGUGGAUCCUCAGUCUUUUAUGGACACAAAGACUUCCACAAGGAAAUGCUCUCUCACCCCAACUCCAGAGUCAUUCUUUACAAUGACGAUAACAGCCAGAAUGAGCCUUAUAAAAUACCUCCAGUAGAUACUGUUCGCAAUUUCUUGAGGAGGAGACAACGUCGAAUGAUCCCAGAGACUGAGAUACCUCUGGGCAUUCUCUACUCGUCCGUCAAGAGUUGUUGCAAUCCAGAUUUUUCGUAUGAAGUUUUAUUCACGACUAAAAGGGAGAAGCAAAUGGUGGAGGGAGAGACCCUGGUUCCCGAUACUCAGGAUGUUGUGGGCCAGAAAGGGCUGGAGGGGAGGAAGGGAAUUGUGCCUGAAUCCUUAGUGAUACCUGAGACUGAAUCCUUUGGAGGUGGCAGCCAGAGUGCUAACAGAGGACAGAAGAGUUCGGCUGGGUCGAUGGUGAAUGAUGAAGGUGCUGGCCAUUGUAUGAGCAGGGAGAGCAGGAAACGACCUAGGGACCUUCAGAAUGUAGACAGUGAGGAGAAGCGAAAACGAACUAGAAUAACAGACGUUUUCGGGAAAAUUCCUGCAAAAUCAUCACGGAGGACAGCCUCGACCCUUAAGUCAGAGAAUGCAGUUGUUGAUGAUUCUAGUGAUGAGUUUACAGACAUUCCAGGUGAAAAGAUGAUGAGCGAUGGUGAUAUAUUGGGGAAUAGUUGUGGGGAGAAGGAGAAACGGACUAGAAUCACAGAUUUGCCUUCAGGAAUUGAUGAGAAGUUAUCCGACAGAAUCUCCUCGAUUCUCAAGUUAGAUAAUAUACCUGUAAAAAGAGCGUGCAAUGCUUCUGAUGACGAGGUUGAAGAUCACUCUUUUAAGAAGCCUAGAAGGGAUGGAAUAAUAUUGCGGAAAAAGGAUCCAGAAAUACCUGAAGAGAAACUAAUGGAUAAUCACAAAACAACUGAGAGAACAAAUAAGAGCAGAGAAGAUAACAGUGAUUCUGACAUAUUUCCGGCAGAGAAUCAAGCUCGUGAUGGAAGUAACCGUUAUAGUGAGAAAAAUUCUUUGUCCAGUGGAAAUAAGAAGGCAUCAAAAUUCUUGGUGGUAUCUGAGGAGGAGAUGGAGAUCGUGAAGCACCCGAUCGACCAAGAGAUCGAUGCAGAUGAGAACAGAGAGUGGCACAGUAGCCAGAGCAAGACAUCAAGGGAACGACUUCUCAGAAGUUUCCAAGGAGAUGAGAAAUCAAUGCGAGAUUGGCCACUGAGGCCUGAAGUCUUCUCCGGGAAAUUUAUUGGUAAAAAUUUCAAGAAGUUCGAGAUAAAAAGACCACAGAGACCUGUCAUCGAAUGGAAACGUGGUGUGUAGAGGUGUCAUAUUUUUUAUACAACUACGACUACCCAUUCGGAAAAUACAUAUGUUAAAUUUCUGGGGAUCUGAUUCCGUUUCAUAAAUUAUUAACUUGUUUUUCAGUUAACAUUCAGUUUUCGAUAAAGAUCCUCCAAAUUGUUUACAUUUUAAAUUAUUUUUGCUCGAUUCCUUUAUACCGUAUGCAUAGUCCGAAAUAAAUCAAAUUAUUUUUA